GGAGGAGGGAGAGUCCCGCAUGCGCAGAGGCAGCGCUCACCCGCUGCUGCUCCCUGGCGCUGCGGGGCCGGGCGGAGCAGGAGGGUCUGUGCCGGGGAGACCCAUUAACCCCCCCGUGCCCGGCCCGCGCCCUGCUCCCGCGGGAGCCGCCCCGGGCUCUGCCCGCCCCGCUGCGGAGCUGCAGCCGCCAGGCUACAGAUUAACAUCCACAUUUUGCUCCACACCAUCCCAUCCUCCGAGGGGGAAGGAAAUGGCUGCAAUGGAACUGGCUCAGGGGCCGGUGACUUUUGAGGAGGUGGCUGUGUAUUUUACCAAGGAGGAAUGGGCUCUGCUGGACCCUGAUCAGAGAUCCCUCUACAGGGAUGUCAUACAGGAGAACUAUGAGACGGUGGUCUUGCUGGUAGGGUUUCCAAUUUCCAAACCUGAUGUGAUCUCGCAGCUGGAACGAGGGGAAGAACCAUGGAUCCCAGUCCUCCAUGGCUCUGAGAAAAAAGUGCUCCUGAGAGCUGCCUGCACAGGGAAUGACCUGUGUCUGGAUUCUCUCUGUCUCCCAUCAGGUGUUGGGAUGGUGAGUGAGAACGAGGAGAAACCCCAGCAGGAAGAUGCUGAGCAAGUAUUAUCCCAUGGGAUGUUAUCAGGAAGAUCAAAAGGGAAUGAUUCCAGGAGUUGUGCACUCCCAGAAAAAGCAAAAGCCUGUGAUAGUCAGCACAGGCCAGCGGAAAACUUCAGUAGCCACUCAGACCUUAUUACACGCGAGAGAAUCAACUUUGAAGAAACACACUACACAUGCCAUGAGUGUGGGAAAAGCUUAAAUCAGAGCUCACACCUUAUCAAACAUCAGAGAAUCCACAUGGGUGAGAAACCUUAUGGAUGCGCUGAGUGUGGGAAACACUUCAGUCGGAGAUCAAACCUUAUCAGACAUAGGAGAAUCCACACGGGUGAGAAACCUUAUGAAUGCCAUGAGUGCGGGAAAAGCUUUAGUCUGCACUCACACGUUAUCAGACAUAGGAGAAUCCACACAGGAGAGAAACCCUACACGUGCUCUGAGUGCGGGAAACGCUUCAAUCAGAGCUCACACCUUGUCAGACAUUGGAGAAUGCACACAGUAGGGUUUCCAGUUUCCAAACCUGAUGUGAUCUCACAGAUGGAACGAGCGGAAGAGCCGUGGAUCCCGGACCUCCAGGGCGCUGAGAAAGAAAUUCUCCCGAGAGCUGCCUGCACAGGGAGUGACCUAUGUCUGGAUUCUCUCUGUCUCCCAUCAGGUGAUGGGAUGGUGAGUGAGAAUGAGGAGGAGAAACCCCAGCAGGAAGAUGCUGAGCAAGUAGAACCACAUGGAACGUUAUCAGGAAGAUCCAAAGGGAAUAUUUCCGGGAGUUGUGCACUCCAAGCAAAAGCAAAUUCUUGUGAGACUCAAGAGAGGCCAGAGGAAAACUUCAGUAGCCACUCAGACCUUAUAACAUGUGACACAAUCAACUUGGAAGAGAGACGCUACACGUGCCAUGAAUGCCAGAAAAGCUUCAAUCGGAGCUCUGCCCUUAUCACACAUCAGAGAAUCCACAUAGGGGAGUUGCCCUACACAUGCUCUGAGUGUGGGAAAAGCUUCAAUAGGAACUCAAACCUUAUCAGACAUCAAAGAAUCCACAUAGGAGAGACGCCCUACACAUGCUCUGAGUGUGGGAAAAUGUUCAAUAGGAGCUCACACCUUAUCAGACAUCAGAGAAUCCACACAGGAGAGAAGCCCUACACAUGCUCUGUGUGUGGAAAAAGCUUCAAUGAAUGCUCACACCUUAUCAGACACCGGAGAAUCCACACAGGAGAGAAGCCCUACACAUGCUCUGUGUGUGGGAAAAGUUUCAAUCGGAGCUCACACCUUAUCACACAUCGUAGAAUCCACACAGGAGAGAUGCGCUACAUAUGCUCUGAGUGUGGGAAAAGCUUCAAUCACAUCUCUGCCCUGAUCACACAUCAGAGAAUCCACACAGGAGAGACGCCCUACACAUGCUCUGAGUGCAGGUAAAGCUUCAGUUGGAGCUCACACCUUAUCAGACAUCAGCAAAUCCACACAGGAGAGAUCCCCUACACAUGCUCUGAAUGUCGGAAAAGCUUCAAUUUUAGCUCUGACCUGAUUAUACAUUGGAGAAUCCACAUGGGUGAGAAAACUUAUGGAUGCUCGGAGUGUGGGAAAAGCUUCAAAAAGAGCUCACACCUUAUUAGACAUCAGGAAAUCCACAUGAGAGAACUGUAACACAUGCCUUGAUUAGGGCUGGGCAAAGAUUU